UUGCAAACCCAGAAUUGAAAUUUCUUCAUCUCUCUUUUUUUUUUUUGGGGGGGGGGUCUUGCAAAGGCUUUUCUCCAAGUUAAAUGGACGAGUCUUGGCGAAUGUGCAUGGGAAUGUCAACUACUCAUCAUCUUCCUCGACGGAAAUCUAUGGAAAAUUCCAUUUUUUCGUUGAACCAUGUCACUAUGGUGGUGCCAGAUCAUAAUCUUCACGUGGAUGACUUUUCCGAUGUCUUCGGCGGUCCUCCGCGGAGUGUGCUUUGCCGGAAGUUAUCUGGCGACUUCACCCGGUCGGCAUCCUUUUACGAAGAGGUUUUCCGGCCACCGGAAUUCAUCUCAUCUCGUUCGAUGAAGGAUGGCCGGAGCUUGCCGGCGUUUAAGAUUCCGUCGAGGGAGGAAGGGUUCUACAGUGACAUUUUUGGGCCGGUUGACGAUCACUGGCGGUCUAGGGAAAGGUCAAGGUCAAAUUCAAAAGCGAAGUCAAACUCAUCGUCGGUGCUGAGUUCGGAGGAGCUGAGUCCUCUUCGGCCGGUGAUCGGAGAUGAUGUCGGUUUGUCGUCUAUUGCUUCAAAGCUCAGGUGCAGGCCAAUCAAUGUACCAAGCAGAUGGAACUCAACGAGAACGGCGGCAGAUGAGGAAGCAGCAAAGCAACAACAAGGGAUGCCAGCAUUUCCAAGAAGUCGUACUUUCUAUAACGAAAAUCUUUACAUGGAAAAUGAAUACAAUAACAAUGUGGUCGACAACUUGAUGAGAAGCUCAUCGUACAACUAUGGAUUCAGUCGGCGUGCCACUUCUCCAGAAAUCAUAAGCUUGGAACCCCAUUCUUUUCGAAGUGUCAAAAUAUCAGCUGAUGAUUUUGAGUUCAAUUCCCCUUCAUCUCCUGCCUCUUCACUUUGUCAUGAACCAGUCAGUGUCCCAAGUGAUUCAAUGCACCAAAAAGAAGAUGAUGAAGAUGAAGAUGAAGACGAGGAAGAAGUUAUGAGUUCUUAUGUCAUUGAGAUCAACUCUGAUGUUAGAGAGAGUAAUGGUGAAGCAGUUUCAAUUGAUGAAGCGAUUGCUUGGGCAAAGGAAAGAUACAAUUCACAAAGUUCUGAAAAAACCCAGUCAACUGAAACAGAAGCAAGGUCUAAUUCCCAUGAAUCAUUUGACCUGCAAAUGGAUGGCCAUGGAACAAUGCAAUCUCCAAUGGAAGAUGAAGAAAAGAAAUUGAAAGUAAAAGAAGAACUAGACAGAACAGAAGAGCAUAUUAAAAUGGGGAUUUUGGAUGAUGAUGUCAAGCUUUGGUCAUCUGGGAAAGAAAAUAACAUCCAAUUGCUCCUUUCAACACUUCAUCAUAUUCUGUGGCCUAAUAGCGGUUGGAACAUGAUCCCAUUAACAAAUCUUAAAGAAAGCUCACAAGUGAAAAAAGCUUAUCAGAAAGCUAGGCUAUGUCUUCACCCAGACAAACUGCAACAAAGAGGUGCAUCCCUUUCGCAAAAAUAUGUUGCAGAGAAGGUCUUUUCCAUCCUCCAGGAUGCAUGGGCUGCUUUCAUCUCCCAAGAUGUCUUCUUCAACUAGUCGAAGACCCCAGGGGAUUUCGGAACCUUUCCAGGAAGCUUGUAACAAACAAACAGUCCUUGGACUAGGAUUGAGGAGGUCUGUUUAAAAGGCUAAAAACUAUGGGAAUGUGCAAGAAGUAUCUAUUACGUUAAUUUGGUAGAUAUGGUAAGAACUGAAAUUAGACCAUAUAUGCAAGAAUUUUGUAUGGUGGUUUGAUGUUUUGUGAAGAUGCCUACAUUCUACA